AUGGAGAUUGUGUCCGCUCAAUGCGCCGACCACGAGUUGAUCGAUAACACCCUGCGUGGCUGGCUCUACCUUGUGGCAACUUAUCGAGACAACUACUUAAAUAGCGAGGACGAUGUUGCCGCGUGCUCACAGAAGCUCAUUGACAGCAAGGUAUUUUGCGAGAAUCAGGAAUAUGUGCGGACACAGAUCAUCUACAGCCUGCUCCAGGAAGACGAGACGAGCUCGCUGAACGUCAUUGCGAACUUUCUUCUCCUCGAUGGGCGCUCCGACGAGUCGACAUUCAAGCGCAUGAUUGAUGAAGGUUGCUUUCCGAGACUAGUCGAGCUUAUCAACGGACGGAGGGACGAUGACCUGCGUCUGCACAGGCUUCUGCUCGAGCUAAUGUACGAGAUGUCUCGCAUCGAGCGACUUCGCACCGAGGACCUUCUGCAGGUCGACGACAACUUCGUCCUUUACAUGUUUCAAUUAAUAGAGGGGCUAUCCGACGAUGUGGACGAUCCAUACCACUAUCCCAUCAUACGGGUGCUCUUGGUUUUGAACGAGCAGUACAUGGUGGCGUCUACCACCGCCGCAGUCGAUCCAGGCUCGCCGACAGCACCGAUGACAAAUCGGGUAAUCAAGAUACUCAGUCUUCACGGGCCAUCGUUCCGCACGUUUGGCGAAAAUAUCAUUCUGCUUCUGAAUAGAGAGACAGAGACCUCGCUCCAGCUGUUGAUUCUUAAGCUGUUAUACCUCUUGUUCACAACAAAAGCUACUUAUGAGUACUUCUAUACGAAUGAUCUGCGCGUUCUGUUGGAUGUCAUCAUUCGAAACCUUCUGGAUCUGCCGGACGAAUCCAUGUCGCUAAGGCAUACCUACCUUCGUGUGCUAUAUCCCUUAUUAGCACACACUCAGUUGAGCCAGCCGCCACACUAUAAGCGGGAUGAGAUCCAGAAGGUCCUGUCCAUUCUGGGAGGCGAGGGAAAUGUUCACUUUGAUCCAGCUGACGAGACAACGGUCCGGCUAGUGGAGAGAGUGUCGAAGGUGAAGUGGCUGAAUGAGUCCGGAGAAGUCGAAGUCGCACGCAAGUUCCUUGGCAUCAGUCUAUCGCACUCGCAGGCCGCAAGCAACAUCAGCGUUGUCGACGUGGCUGCCGUGAUGGAGAAGCCCGGUGUCAAGACCCCGAGCCGCAGAGCCGACUUUGAUCCCGAGCUCAAGGACGAUGAGAGUAGUUCACCGACGUCGGACGUUACUUCAGACGAUAACAAGACCGAUAUCAAGACCGAUAUCAAGGUUCAAGAAGCACCGCCCAGGCCGAAAAAGAUACUGCCUCAGGUACCCAAGCAUCGACAUGGCAUUCCCACGAUUACACAGACCUUACAUAUCAAUGGCAAUGGCACUAAGAAACUCCCUCCGAAAGCUCCUCCGCGGAGGAGAACAAAAGCGAAGCCUUCAAACCCCGUAGCGAGCGAUUCGCCCGGGACAUUACAUGAGGGAGUUCCAUCAGUCCCGGCCCCAGCACCUGUUUCUUAA